CCAGGCCGGCUCUUCUCAGCCGGCGGUCGGGUGCGGCUCAGAGGGGCGGCCGCGGGGAAGCCGAGCCAAGAUGGCGACAGCGAGGAAGGCGAUGCGGCUGCGACUGGCGGGCUUGGAGUCCCUCCGGGCUGUCAGCACCUCAACUGUGGGCACUCUUCCAAAACGGGUGAAAAUUGUGGAAGUCGGCCCCCGAGAUGGACUACAGAAUGAAAAGGACAUUAUACCUACUCCAGUGAAAAUCAAGCUGAUAGACAUGCUUUCUGAAGCGGGACUCCCUGUUAUAGAAGCUACCAGCUUUGUGUCUCCGAAGUGGGUUCCCCAGUUGGCUGACGCUGCUGAAGUCUUGAAGGGCAUUCAGAGGUUUCCUGGCAUCAACUACCCAGUCUUGACCCCAAAUCUCAAAGGCUUUCAGGACGCGGUUGCUGCUGGAGCCAAGGAAGUGGCGGUCUUGGGAGCUGCCUCGGAGCUGUUCACUAAGAAGAACAUCAACUGCUCCUUGGAUGAGAGCUUUCAGCGGUCUGACGAGGUCUUAAAGGCAGCUCAAGCGCGAAGCAUUCCUGUGCGGGGGUACGUCUCCUGUGUGCUUGGAUGCCCCUACCAAGGAAAGAUCUCCCCGGCUAAAGUAGCUGAGGUCGCCAAGAAGUUGUACUCAAUGGGCUGCUACGAGAUCUCCCUGGGGGACACCAUCGGUGUAGGCACCCCAGGGGUGAUGAAAGACAUGCUGUCCGCUGUCAUGCACGAGGUGCCUGUGACCGCCCUGGCUGUCCACUGCCAUGAUACCUACGGACAGGCCCUGGCCAAUACCUUGAUGGCCCUGCAGCAAACAUUUACUGAUGCCUGUGUCCAGGCCCUGGGCUAGACACAGUGGACACAGACAUGCCACCCUGCCCUGAAAGUGCCCACCUCUCCUAGGGGAUUACCUGCUAAUCCUUAUGCAUCAUGACAGAUGCCAGGAAGAGGGGAGCAU